AUGCAGGAGAAAACAGCAGUUCUGCUCAUUGACCCCCUCAAUGACUUUUUGCAUCCAGAUGGCAAAAUCUAUGGUCGUCUCAAGGAGAGCAUUGAUGCCGCCGACACGGUGAAUAACCUCCAGAAAUUCGUCAAAAUUGCCCGGAGCAACAACAUUCCUAUUAUGUACUGCCAGCACAAGUUAUUUGAAGAAGGCCAAUUCGAACAUUGGAAUCACAUGACCAAGAGUCAUUUCAGUAUCCAGCAAUCAAAGGCUUUCUUGGCUGGGAGCUUCGGAGCAGAAAUUCUCAAAGGACUAGAGCCGGAUCGAAGCAAUGGCGAUGCAAUCGUGUCGCGCCACUGGAACAGCAGCUCUUUUGCCAAUACCGAUCUUGACUAUCAUCUUCGCCAGCGAGAUAUCACUCACGUUGUAUGUGCCGGAAUGGUUGCCAACACAUGUCUCGAAGCCACCGCCCGCUGGGCCGUUGAAAUGGGAUAUCAUGUCACCAUCAUAAGCGAUGCAACUGCCGGCUUUUCCGUUCAACUGAAAGAGGCUGCUGAGAAUAUUAUCUGGCCCACUAUUGUGGAUGAGGUGUUGAAUGUAGAUGGCUGGGCUGAGAAACUGAACAAGACAGCUGCCACGAGGCUGUAA